UUUUGCGUCGCUGUCGACUAUGCUGCUUGUUGGCGAUGUUCGUCGUGUACACAUCGGUCUUAACUGAUAACGCAAUGACGUUUCCUCCUUAAGUUUAUAUAUCUUAUUACAAGAUAUAAUUUGUUACUGAUCAGUAACGUUAUCAUCUAUGAUAUAGUAUAUGGAAAGAGGCUGAUAAAAUGAGAUUAGUAAGCUGUCAUAAUAAAAUGGCUUCCGGUUUCGUGGCAGGAAUUUUAGCAGUGGUUUUUGUGAUUUUACUGCAAGCACAUAGACUGUCAUGCGAAUCAUGUAGUUCAGAAACGUGCAAUAAAGAUGCGGAAACAAAACCCGAAGGUGGCUGUGGCUGCUCAGUCAGUCGGAAGCAGGCCGAGGUCAGUCCAGACGAGAGGCACGUACAUGAACAGGCCAAGUACACUGACAAUGAGGAGAUAGAAUUCCAGAGAACUAACCAAAUGGUUUUGAUUCCUGCAGGAACGUUUACUAUGGGGACCAACCAGCCUGUGUUUGUGGCAGACGGUGAGGGACCAGCAAGGAAAAUGACAAUCAAUGAAUUUUAUCUAGAUAAAUAUGAAGUUAGUAACGCAGAAUUCCAACUGUUUGUAAAGAAUACUGGAUAUAAAACAGAGGCAGAAUCGUUUGGAAACUCAUUUGUGAUGGAAACAUACCUGGAUAAAAAGGUCCUGGAAAAAGUUACACAGGCAGUAGCAGCAGCCCCCUGGUGGCUGCCAGUUGAUGGUGCUGAUUGGAGACACCCUGAGGGGCCAGACACCAGCAUUGAGGACAGAAUGGACCAUCCAGUGCUGCAUGUGUCAUGGAACGACGCAGUAGCGUUCUGCAAGUGGGCCGGCAAGCGCCUACCCACUGAGGCUGAGUGGGAGUUUGCAUGUAGAGGGGGCAGGGACGACAAGUUAUAUGCCUGGGGAAACAGCGAGAAUCCAAAAGAAAAGCACUGGAUGAAUAUCUGGCAUGGAGAAUUUCCCAAGGAAAACACAGCAGACGAUGGUUACACUGGAUCUGCACCGGUAACAGAAUACCCAGAGCAGAACAAGUUUGGUGUGAAGAACAUGAUCGGCAAUGUGUGGGAGUGGACCCAGGACUGGUGGGAGACCAGCCACAACACCACACCCAAGAACAACUAUAAGGGACCAGCCUCAGGUACAGACAAAGUAAAGAAAGGAGGGUCUUUCCAGUGUCACAAGUCAUACUGUUACCGAUACCGCUGUGCAGCCCGCAGUCAGAAUACUCCUGACAGCUCUGCACACAAUCUGGGCUUCCGAUGUGCUAGCGACACACUGCCAGACUAUCUCAAGAAUUCCUAGUCAGUGGUGGUUUGUCAGACUGUGUUGUUCAUAUGGAGACUUGUGGUUCUACUUAUGUACAAGAUUUUCAUGCUGUAACUAAUUGUUCUGUUUUAUGAUAUGUUAUUAUCUAUUUUUUAGUAAUAAUAUAGACAAUCAUUCAUUGUUAUGCUCCCCCUCAAAUUUUUUUUGGGGGAGCAUAUAGUCACCGCUUCGUCUGUCCGUGUGUCGGUCCGUCCGUUCACAAUUUUUGUCCGGACUAUUUCUCAGCAACUAACGACCGGAAUUCAAUUAAACUUUAUGGGAAGCUUCACUACCAAGAGAUGUGCAUAUCAUCAGCGGGUUUUGGUCGGAUGAUUUUUCACAGGGUUAUGGCCCUUUGAACUUUGACAUUAACUGUACAGAUAGUGCAUUUCUUGACCGGGCUAUUUCUCAGCAACUAAUGAAUGGAAUUCAAUGAAACUUUAUGGGAAGCUUCACUACCAAGAGGAGAUGUGCAUAUUAUCAGCGGGUUGUGGUCGGAUGAUUUUUCACAGAGUUAUGGCCCUUUGAAAUUUUCCAUUGUACAUAUAGUGCAUUUCUUGUCCGGGCUAUUUCUCAGCAACUAAUGACAGGAAUUCAAUGAAACUUUAUGGGAAGCUUCACUACCAAGAGGAGAUGUGCAUAUUAUCAGCCAGUUCUCGUCGGAUGAUUUUUCACAGAGUUAUGGCCCUUUGAAAUUUUCCAUCGUACAUAUAGUGCAAUUCUUGUCCGAGCUAUUUCGCAGCAACUUAUUACGGGAAUUCAAUGAAACUUUAUGGGAAGCUUCACUACCAAGAGGAGAUGUGCAUAUUAUCAGCCGGUUAUGGUCGGAUGAUUUUUCACAGAGUUAUGGCCCUUUGAAAUUUUCUAUAAACUGUACAUAUAGUGCAAUUCUUGUCCGGGAUAUUUCUCCCGGACUACUGACUGGAAUUCAAUGAAGCUUUAUGGGAAGCUUAACUACCUUGAGGAGAUGCGCAUAUUAUUUGUGGGUUUUGGUUAGAUGAUUUAUUUCGAGAGUUAUGGCCCUUUGAAAUUUUUAAUUUUUAAGUUGCUAAACCAUCCAUCGUAUUAUUUUGUCCAAAGUUAUGCCCCUCAAGAUGUUUCCUUUUAUCUGAAUAUAAAGUGCAAUAUUGUGACAAAAAAAACUUUGGUGAGCAUCACCCGUCUCCAACGGUUUCUUGUUUUGAUAGUAAUUAUGCCUUUUUAGCUCAUCUAUUUUUUGAAAAAAAAUUAUGAGCUAUUGUCAUCACCUUGGCGUCGGCGUUGGCGUCGGCGUCCGGUUAAGUUUUGCGUUUAGGUCCACUUUUCUCAGAAAGUAUCAAUGCUAUUGCAUUCAAACUUGGUACACUUACUUACUAUCAUGAGGGGAUUGGGCAGGCAAAGUUAGAUAACUCUGGCGUGCAUUUUGACAGAAUUAUGUGCCCUUUUUAUACUUAAAAAAUUGAAAAUUUUGGUUAAGUUUUGCGUUUAGUUCCACUUUUCUCAGUAAGUAUCAAUGCUAUUGCAUUCAAACUUGGUACACUUACUUACUAUCAUGAGGGGACUGGGCAGGCAAAGUUAGAUAACUCUGGCAUGCAUUUUGACAGAAUUAUGUGCCCUUUUUAUACUUAGAAAAUUGACAAUUUUGGUUAAGUUUUGUGUUUAGGUCCAUUUUAUUCCUUAAGCAUCAAAGCUAUUGCUUUCAUACUUGCAACACUUACUAACUAUCAUAAGGGGACUGUGCAGGCAAAGUAAUGUAACUCUGACUGGCAUUUUGACAGAAUUAUGUGCCCUUUUUAUACUUAGAAAAUUGAAAAUUUGAUUAAGUUUUGUGUUUAGGUCCACUUUAUUCCUACAGUAUCAAAGCUAUUGCUUUCAUACUUGCAAGAUUUAUAAACUAUCAUAAGGGGACCGUGCAGGUAAAGUUAUGUAACUCUGACUGGCAUUUGGACGGAAUUAUGGGCCCUUUAUACUUAGAAAAUUGAAAAUUUGGUUAAGAUUUAUGUUUUGGUCCACUUUACCCCUAAAGUAUCAUAGAUAUUGCUUUCAUACUUGGAACACUCACAAACUAUCAUAAGGGUACAGUAAAAGGACAAGUUGCAUAACUCUGGUUGUCAUUGUAACGGAAUUAUGACCCUUUUUUGACUUAGUAACUUUUAAUAUAUGGUUAAAUUUUGUGUUUCGAUCAACUUUACUUCUUAAGUAUCAAGGCUAUUGCUUUCAAACUUCAAAUACUUACAUGCUAUCAUGAGGUUACUGUACCUGGCAACUUGAAUUUUACUUUGACCUUUGAAUGACCUUGACUCUCAAGGUCAAAUUAUUAAAUUUUGCUAAAAUUGCCAUAACUUCUUUAUUUAUGAUUAGAUUUGAUUGAUACUUUGAUGAAACUACUCUUACCUGACAUACCACAAUAGACUCCACCAAA